AUGGCCUCUGCCGCCUCAGAACUCGCCUCCACCAUACAAUCAGCCCACAUCAAGCACGAUCCAUCUCCCGAACACGACAUCAAUCCCUCUACCGCGGCAUCCAAAAAGCUCCCCGGCGAAGUCGAAACCAUACUCUCUCCUCGUUCUCGCUCUCACUCUCUAAGCGGAUCUGAAUCUACCAUACCCAGCGACAUCAUCCGCCCUCGUCCCCGAGCCCGGUCAUUCCCUCCGAUCCCCGACUUCCGUUUUGAACAGUCCUACCUCGCAAGCAUCAAAAACGCGGACUCGAAUUGGAAAAUCGCAUUCAUCACUAUCCGGGACCAGGUGUUUUUGCCACUGGUGCAGGGAAUACUAUGGAACCUGUUGAUGUUUGGCUGGCGGCAUUGGAACCGUGGGAGCAAAUUUCAAGGACAGAGUUUGGGAGCAAGGGUAAGGAAGUGGUGGUGGGGCGUUAACAACUGGAAGGUCCCGGAGGCGGAAGGGAAGGCAGUGAGGAAAGAGAGUGACAGACAAGUGUUGCAGAGGGUGGAGGAUUUCUUUGUUGACCGGUUUGGAAGCAGCUUGGGUGAUUAA